AUGGCCAAGUCAAAGAACAGCUCCCAGCACAACCAGCAGAAGAAGGCGCACCGCAACGGUAUCACGAAGCCUAAGACUUCGCGUUACCCUUCGCUCAAGGGCACCGACCCCAAGUUCCGCCGCAACCACAGGCAUGCUCUGCACGGCACCGCCAAGGCCCUGAAGGAGGCCAGGGAGGGCAAGCGUGAGAAGGUCUAA